AUGGCAGAGGAAUUGCUGGAUAAAGUGCGGGACGUGGUGGAAGGCCAGAUAGAUUUCGAGGGCCAGCGACGUGCCGAGGGCUAUGCAACCCUCCUGCUUUCUCUCACAGGCCUCAUCGCCUUCAACGUCGGAUACGUUCUACAAGACAUUGUAAAGUGCCUAUAUGUUGGAUUGGGUGGCACGCUAUUGACGUUUCUCAUUAUCAUUCCUCCUUGGCCGUUCUACAACAAGAAUCCGGUCAAGUGGCUACCUAUCGGAUCUGCAUUUAACACAGGCGGGACAUGA